AUUGAUUUAUCAUAGAAGUUCUAGUAUAAUAUUUGUACCCCUUAUUGAUAUAUUUUCAUGAUUCGUAAAGUUCCAUAUACCUUGAAUCGUGCAUAACUUGAUGUAAUACCAGUAAUGAUUUAUCCGGAUAUAUAACUUUUGACCGUAGUAAUUCUAGAAAUUUCAAACAACAAUGGCGACUAUUGGAGGCAUGUGUGUGAGAACUGUCACGUCGAUUUCAAGAUGUUUCAGACAGAGCAUUCAUCAUAGAGCGACAUGGAAUAGACUGCAGGGCGAGCGUUACUGUACCACAAACUCAGACACCAAAUCAGACAAAGAUGGGACAGAUCCGGGUACUGACAAUGUACAGGAGGACUCGCAGAAAGUCCUAGAGAAUCUAAAGGCUGAGGGGGAGAAACUGAAAACAGAAGCCCAAGAUUUCAAGGGCAGGAGCUGGUGGUCCAAGUUGUCUUGGUCAGGGAAAAAACUGUUUCAGCGUCAUAGGAAAGAUGAAAAUUGGAAGGACAAAUACAUGAGGGCCCUUGCAGAGACAGAGAAUGUCCGUCUUCGAAUGUCAAAACAAGUCAGUGAUGUACGGCUGUUCGGAAUUCAGGGUUUCUGUAAGGACCUACUGGAAGUUGCUGAUAUCUUGCAACAAGCAACACAGAGUGUACCGGAGGAUACAUUAAAGGAAAACAAGCAUCUGCGGGACCUGUAUGAUGGAUUGGUAAUGACCGAGGCACAGCUUCAGAAAGUCUUUGUAAAGCAUGGACUCGAACAAAUUACCCCCCAAAAAGGGGACAAGUUUGAUCCUCACUUUCAUGAGGCGUUGUUUCAGGUUCCAGCUGAAGACCCAAAUUUAGCAUCUAGUGUUGCCACAUUGGAAAAGUUAGGAUACAAACUGCAUGACAGAACCUUGCGACCUGCUCUUGUGGGAGUGUUCAAGUCAUGAUGAUACUGGUCCAGUUUCAUUAAUGUAGAUGUCAUCUUCAUCUGGUCAUCGCUCCAUCAUCUGUAUCCUGGUGAUAGUCAGGAAUGUAAAAAACAUUCAGUGAUUUUGUAUGGAACAAUUAGAAUUAAGAUUAGGAUGUGCUUGUUAUUAUCAUGGAAGUUGUGAUUUUUAUGUCCCCUAGAUCAAACAUUGGAAGCAUGGUUUCUGUCAGUGUCUGUCUGUCUGUUAUGGGGUCAAAUGAUGUGAUCUCUGUAAAUUUAGAUAUUUUAUUUGCCAGUUAAAACUAUAGACGGGUUUGGAAUUGCACAUACAUAUUUGCACCAUGGAUUGGUGAAGUUUUUCUGAGGUUACUUGUUGGGUCAAAGGACAUAACCUGUUACAAAAAUAGAUGCUAUAAAGGUUCACCAUGAUUAGGGACAUUUGUGAUAAAAUGAACAAAUUCCUGUUCUGAACUACAAUUUGAUUUCUGCUGUGUCGUUGGUUACAGUAUGAUCUUAAUUGUUAUGAUUUCUAACAAGGUACAUGUAACAUCUUGACAAAAAAACUUAUUUCUAAUAUCACAAAUUCAGAGUUAGAAAUUGAGCGAUGUAAAUAUUAUCUAUAUAUAUUCUACUGCUAUUAAAUGUGAAUGUGAUUUUGGCAUGCAAUUUCAUUAGUACAUGAAUUAUUCUGAAACAUUCAAAUAUUUGUUGAAAUAAAUUUGUACAACAUCAUCUAAUUCUUACAGAAAUGACAGUUUGAGUGAUUGACCUUUGCAGAAAGUUUCUUAGUGCAUACCGGUAUGUGCAUAGUGUAUGAUGAUCUAUGAGUUCUCUACCAAAAUGAAAUGGAACUAAAGCACCAUGGAAGGGCCAAGUUGAAAAUACAUUAAUUCUUUGAAGUCUGUGCUUCUCAGCAUCAAUGCAAAAUGCAUUAUUUUAGUGAGGAACAUGUAUAAAUCUUAUUCAUGUCCCCUUGGCUGAGGCUGCAAGAGGGGUUAAAAUGUACAGUGUAUAAAUACUUUAAAAAGAUA